UCCCUGUGUGUCUCUGUCUGUGCGAGAGAGCAGCGUUUGGCUGCGGGGAGAAUCUCUUCCUGUCGUCAGCGCCCUUCACGUGGGAGCACGCCAUCCGCGACUGGUUCAACGAGGUCGACAGCCCGGGCUUCGACUACGGGAAGGGAGCACGAACACCGGGAGCCGUGGGACACUACACACAGGUGGUGUGGUACAGCUCCUACCAAGUUGGAUGUGCAGUGACGUACUGCCCAAACUCCGAGUCGGUCUACAAGUAUCUCUACGUCUGCCAGUACUGCCCGCAGGGUAACCUGAACACGCGUCUCACCCGCCCCUACGACCUGGGGGAGCCUUGUGCACUCUGCCCCAACAGCUGUGACAACGGCCAAUGCACCAACCCGUGUCCCUACGUUGACGGAUACUCCAACUGCAAGCAAAUGAAGGCCGCCUACGGCUGUGGCCCCUCCAAGAACGGCCUCAUCGUGCUGGGCUACUGCCCGGCCUCGUGCCGCUGUGCCGACAAAAUCUACUGAGGGUGGCCCUGGGGGCACCCUGGGGGCCCUGGGGGCACCCUGGGGGCCCUGGGGGCACCCUGGGGGCCUCAUCGUGCUGGGCUACUGCCCGGCCUCGUGCCGCUGUGCCGAUAAGAUCUACUGAGGGGGCCCUGGGGGCACUCUGGGGGUCCUGGGGG